UGCAAAUGUAAACACUCAAUUUUUUUUUUUUUUUUGAAAGAAAAAUUUGGUGAUUUAGAUUCAAAAUAAACAAUUAUUUUGCAAUUCGGUUAAAAAAAUUAAACAAUCAUUUUUAAUAUUUAGAGAAUACACAUUCGGUGAUUUAGAUUCAAAUGCUGCAACCAAUGACACAAAAUAACAACCAUUUACACUAUCAAUAAGGAUGGUGAUCUAUAUAGAUGAGUCCAAUCUAGAAGGUAAACUCUCUUCAUCUCUUCUUCACUUUUGCAAUUUGUUUCUCAUAAACUUGCAAUUUGGGGUAAAGCGCAGUAGAUUUUUUCGCCGAGAGGAGGUUUUUCUUCAGUCGUAUUCAAGAUAGCUGAGUUAGCUGAGCCUUUCUUAUCUUAGGAUCCCGUUUGUACCUUUGAUUUUGAAAAUAAAACUAAUAAGGGCUGUCCACAAGAUAAAAGUUACCCUCUCCACAGUCCACAAGAUUGAGACAAAAAAGGAAUAGUUCAAUUUUUAAGAAAAAUGGAAUCAUACUGCGAAUAACAUAAGAAUUAGCAGUUUUCUUCCCUAGCUCUCUAGGGUUUGGCGUUUAAAGAGAAUACGUUGUUUGGUUACUAUUCCCAGGAUGGCGGACACCAUGGAAGAAUUGUACGCAAAGCUUAAUCUGGAAGAGGAGGACGCAGAAGAGAUCGAUGUCAGUGAGGCAGUUUUGAGUCCCGCACAGGUAGGUCCUUCUUUUCUGGCUGUUGGACGGAUUUUGACGGAUAAGCAGGUCAAAUUCCCCUACUUCAGGGACACCAUGGCUGAUGUUUGGCGACCGGGGAGGGGAGUCCAUAUCAGGGAUUUGGGUGAAAGACGUUAUCUCUUCCAAUUUUUUCAUGAAGUUGAUAUCAACAGAAUUAUGGCGGACACACCUUGGUCUUUUGACAACAAUUUGUUGAUUUUGAGCCGCUUGGAAGCUACAGAUAAUCCUAUGAAGAUUUCCCUAUCACACGAAAAUUUCUGGGUGCAGGCCUAUAAUCUCCCAAUGUCGUUCUUCACAGAAAAGAUGGCAAAACUUAUUGGCGACUAUGUAGGACAGUUUGUUCAUGCUGAUGAGAACAAUUUCAAGGGGGGUAGGAAACUGUUCAUGAGAAUAAGGGUCAGAAUGGAUGUUCAGGCUCCACUCAAAAAACGAAUGAGAGUUAGAAACGGUACAGAUGUUCAUUGGGUGGAUCUCAAAUACGAAAGAUUGCCACAUUUUUGUUUUAUUUGUGGUAAGUUGGGGCAUGUUGAUCGUUUCUGUCCCAAGUGGUUGGACGGGUUUAAAGCUGAUCAAGAGAAGCCUUUCGGGGUUUGGUUGAGAGCAGGUGGGAGAAAGGGUGGAGGGGCUGGAGGUAGUAUGUGGCUAGUAGAUGAAGAAGGGAGGGCAUUGGGGAAGUCCGGAGAGGGGAGGGCAGAGAGUCUCCCAAAGCAGAUCAUUACAAAUAUUUAUGGAGGGAAGAAUGAGCUGGGCAGUGCAGCAAAUUCAGAUGUCGAAUUAGAGGAAGGAGAUGGCGUUUGAUAGUGUGUCAGCCACAUAAGGAGCCAAAUACAGGGGGAGUUUGGAAAAAACGAAAGGCUUGCGGAGAAGGUGAGAAUCAGAGGGAGUUGAUGGACGAGGACAAAGCUGAAGAUCUGCCAAAAAACGUAUUAGAGGCGGGACCUGGAUUCCAGGCCCGCCUGACAUUAUGACGUGCUUAAGCUGGAACUGCCGGGGGCUCGGCAACCCUUUGGCAGUUCAAGUUCUGGUGGACUAUGCCCACUCCAAGCGGCCAAAUAUUGUAUUUUUAAUGGAGACUUUUUCUAAUAAAUUAAAGCUUGAGGAGGUUACGAGGAAAGUGGGAUUGACAUCCUGUUUCGCAGUGGAUAAUAUCGGUCAUAGGGGUGGAUUAGGCCUUCUUUGGGGUGAUGGUGUCAUAAUCCAAGUUCGGGAAGCUUCUUCUCAUUUCAUUGAUGCUGUUGUGCAACUUGAAGUAGGUGCCCCUCAGUGGCGUUUUACUGGCUUUUACGGGUGCCCGGAGAGAUCAAGGAGGAGGGAAUCUUGGGAUUUGCUGAAGUCCCUUAGCACACGAUCAGAUUUACCUUGGUUAGUAAUGGGAGAUUUUAAUGAUCUCAUGUUUGCAGACGAGAAGAGAGGAAGGAUUCCCCCAUCCUCCUUGGUUACUUCGGGGGUUCAGGGAAGCUGUUUGGGCUAGCGGUCUUAGCAACUUUCAUUUUGAGGGUUACCAGUUUACAUGGGAGCGGUGGAGGGGAACCCCGAAUUGGGUAGAGGAGAAACUUGACAGAAUUCUUACCUCAGAAAGUUGGUUGGACAGCUUUGGAAAUGCAGCGGCAGAAACUUUGGAGGGCUCUCCGAGUGACCACAUGGCUUUAGUUAUAAAGCUUCAGCCGGUUAGAGGAGUUAGAAGAAGACGGAGAUUUAAGUUUGAGAAUGUCUGGUUGAAGGAAGCUGACUGUCGGGAGGUGGUGGUGAGGGGGUGGUUUAUGAGGAGAGAGAGGGGAGUUGUGGGUCAGAUUGAGGACUGCAGAAGGGAGGUGGGAUCAUGGGGGAAAGAUCGUUGUGGCGAUUACAGUAAGCGUAUAGGUUUCUGUAGGAAACGACUGAAUUACCUGCGGCUGAAAUCUGAUGUUUGGAGUACGUUAGAAUUUAACAAGGUAAAGGCUGAAUAUAUAAACCUCCUGGAGAAGGAAAAUCAGUUUUGGAGGCAAAGGGCGAAAGAGUUCUGGUACAGGGGCGGAGACCUUAAUACACGUUUCUUCCAUAAUGUUGUGAAAAGUAGAAGAAGGAGAAAUAGAGUGGAGGGAUUUAAGUUAGAUGGUGGGAGGUGGGAGCGUGAUCGGGAGGAGCUGGGAAGGAUGGUGGAGGAUUAUUUUAUCAAUAUCUUUACUUCUGUGCAGGGAGAUCGCGAGAAUGUUCUCAGAUGUGUGUCGUCUAAAUUGGAGGCUCAUCACAAUCUGGAGCUAUUAAGGCCGAUUCAGUCAGAAGAGGUUAAGGUAGCGGUUUUCUCUAUGCACCCGGAUAAAUCUCCUGGCCCAGAUGGCAUGAGCCCUGGCUUUUUUCAACAUUUUUGGGAUGUGCUUGGUCCGGACAUUGUGGAUUUUUGCAAAACCUCUUUUAAUACAGGGCACUUACCAGAGAAGGUAAAUCACACCCACAUUGUGUUAAUACCUAAAAAGGAUAAACCGGAGGUCAUAGGAGAUUGGAGGCCUAUUUCACUUUGUAAUGUUAUUUAUAAGAUAUUUGCAAAAGUUUUGGCCAAUAGAAUGAAAGGUCUUCUCCAUAUCUGCAUUUCUGAAUUUCAGAGUGCCUUUGUACCUGGUCGUUCUAUAGUGGACAAUGUUAUGCUUGCUUUCGAAUCCCAUCAUUACUUAAGGAGGAAAAGGCAAGGUAAAACGGGGUAUGCCGCUCUAAAGUUGGAUAUGAGUAAGGCAUACGAUAGGGUUGAAUGGGAUUUUCUGGAAGGCAUUAUGCGACGACUGGGUUUUGGAGAUAGAUGGGUAAGUCUAAUUAUGAAUUGCAUAUCUUCUGUCUCCUAUUCAAUACCUUUUGAUGACGGGGAAUUGGGACCGAUAUGGCCAUCUAGAGGACUGCGUCAGGGGGACCCAUUGUCGCCUUAUUUAUUCAUCCUAGUGGCAGAAGGAUUGAGCACUCUUAUUAGUCGGGAGGAGGCAAGAGGGCGGAUUCAUGGAGUAUCUAUUGCUAGAAGAGCUCCACGAAUUUCCCAUCUUUUCUUCGCUGACGACAGUUUGUUAUUUUUUCAGGCAACUCAUAGAGAGGUCACUGCCGUUCGAGAAAUUCUUCAUGCUUAUGAAACAGCAUCUGGGCAAACCAUCAACUACAACAAAUCUAAAUUUUUCUUCAGUGCAAACGUACCAGCUCACAUCCAGGAGGGGCUUAUGGAAGUAAUGAGAGUAGAGUAUGCAGGGAAUGAAGAAAAGUACUUGGGUCUGCCGGCGUUCUUUGGGAAAAGGAAGAAAGAAAUACUCAGUUACAUUAGGAAUCGGGUGGUAAGUAGAAUACAAAAUUGGAAUAGUAAAUUUUUAUCCCGGGCAGGGAGAGAGAUCAUGUUGAAAACGGUUAUCCAGGCUAUGCCGACCUACACAAUGAAUGUCUUUUUGUUGCCUCUUGAUCUUUGUCGGGAAUUGGAAGUAAUGAUGAACGGAUAUUGGUGGAAAGGAAAGUCAGAAAAAGGGAUAAGGUGGAGGAAUUGGGACUCUCUGUGUAAGCCCAAGAAAUAUGGGGGGAUGGGGUUUAGAAAGAUCAGAGAUUUUAAUCUUGCCAUGUUAGCUAAACAGGCUUGGAAAUUACAAACAGAACCGGAAUCAUUGGUGAGCAGAGUGUUCAAAGCAAGAUACUUUCCUGAUGGGUCUUAUGUGACUGCCAAGAUUGGAGGAAGCCCCUCAUUCAUAUGGAGGAGCUUAUUUGAGGUGCAGAAUAUCAUAAAGAAAGGAUCUAAAUGGCGAGUUGGGAAUGGGAAUCAUAUUAAUGUUUGGAGAGACUCUUGGUUGCCAGACAAGGUAAAUCCAAAAAUUACCUCGGUGUGUGUUGAAGGGCUGGAGGAAGCAACUGUAGCGGGCCUGCUAAAUUCGAAAGGAGAGGAUUGGGAUUUGGAUAUACUGAAGGAUUUGUUCAAUGAGCGAGACAUUGAUCUUAUAAGGAGUAUUCCUAUUAGUAAUAGGCUGGUGGAGGAUCGGUUGAUCUGGUCUGGGGAACAAAAUGGAUGUUUUUCCGUGAAAAGUUGUUACAGACAGGUGGUGGGGGAGUUCAGGCCGGAAGAGUGGCUGGGAUGGACAGCCAUGUGGAAAUUUCAAUUGCCUCCAAAAAUCAAGCAUUUCUUUUGGCAGGUAUGCACUAAUUGUCUGCCAACUACCAGCAAUCUUAUAAGAAGGGGUGUGGAAUGUCGGGCUCUAUGCGGUCUCUGUGGAGAUGAAGGAGAUGAAUCGCUCCUGCACUUAUUUGUUACCUGUCGAGAAGCAAAGGAAGCUUGGAGGGCUGUGAAUUGGCGUCAAGUUAACCAAUCAGUCUCAGCUUUUCCUGAUUGGUUACAAUUGAAUUUUCAAAGCUUGCAGGAGAAAGAACUCACCCGAUUGAUUCUUGGUUGCUGGGGAAUUUGGAGGGAGCGGAACCAAAGAGUAUGGAACGGAAGUAAGCUGGACAGAGCCCAAAUUUUGAGGAAAGCUGAAGCAUACGUUGAAGGAUGGAGUAUGGCGCAGCUUCCGAAGUUGGCUUCAGGCAGCAGAUGGGGUGUGUGUUCUUCUCUGUGGCAGCGACCUGGAAUGAAUUGGGGGAAGGUGAACACGGAUGCCUCUGUUAGAAAUGGAGGGUGUGGCUUUGGUUAGGUGUUGAGGGAUGCUUCUGGAAUUUUUUUGGCAGGGGGGUGCAAAACGGGAGCUGGCAACUUUACCCCUCUUGAAGCAGAAUUAAUUAGCAUAAGAGAAGCACUCAGUUGGCUUAAAAAUUGGGAGUGGAAUCAACUAGAGAUUGAAUCAGAUUCUCUCCAAGCUAUUCAGGAAAUACGAAGCGGUACCGGCCUAUCCUACUCGGCUCUUUUGGCAGGUGAUAUUCGAGAAUUGAAGAGGAGCUUUGCCACAGUGUCCUUUUCUCACAUUCGACGAUCCGCAAACCGCGCAGCUCACGCCAUGGCAAGAGCAGCGGGAUCUGUGUCUGGUUGUCAACUUUGGUUAUUUGAUCCUCCUCGUUUUUUGACUGAUGUACUGGACUAUGAUUUGAUAAAUAGUAAUUAAGUUUUUUCUUUCAAAACUAAUAAGGGCUGUCAAACCCUUAAUUACCCCACCGGUUUGGUGAUCACUUUUUGGGUAUGAAAAGAAUUCUCCUUGUGGUUUAUUCCUACCCAAGUGUUCUAUUAUAUUCUCUACGGACACUACAAGUGAUAUCUUCUUUAUGAUUUUACUUUACCACGAUAUUAUUACAUGAUUGGAGCUUCUUCUCAUUCAUCCUUGUUU